AAAAGGUACUAUACUCUUCCUCCUCCAACAUGCUAGUGCCGACCGACCAAAAAUGUAGACACUGAAGACUGGUUAAUAGUUUUUUACUUAAAACUCGUACUGUAGAGAAUAAAAUGUUUUAUUCAGUUCACUCUAUUGCUACAUCUUUAUGUGACGUGUGGAUUUACAGUAAGGAGCAUACCCAGAAUUUCUGGGCUUGCAGUGUAGUUCUUUCUGGUUAUCACUCGUUUAAAACACAUCAUGAUUAUGUUUUACAGUAGCGGGUAAUUUUAGGACCUCGCAAAGGAUGUUGGGAAUUGAGUGACUACGUAGUACUUACAUAGCUGAAAGAAGCAUUUAUAUCCAGUUAGGUAGGACUACUCUCCUCUUAAAGUUCUAACACACCAGCAGUUGCCCAAUCUUCGCAAAAAUGCCUUCCGAUGGAGGUGACCGCUAUAUUAUUUCCUUCAUGAAGGAUUUCAUUGCAGGGGGAAUUUCAGCCGCAAUAUCAAAAACAACAGUAGCACCCAUAGAGAGAGUGAAGUUGUUACUACAGGUUCAACAUGCUUCAAAACAAAUUACAGUCGAAAAUCAAUACAAAGGCAUGAUCGACUGUUUCGUUCGUAUUCCAAAAGAACAAGGAUUUCUAAGUUUUUGGCGUGGAAAUUUAGCGAACGUCAUCAGAUAUUUUCCCACACAAGCUCUCAACUUUGCUUUUAAAGACAAGUAUAAGCAGAUUUUUCUGGGUGGAGUUGACAAGAAGACCCAGUUCUGGCGUUAUUUUUUGGGUAAUCUAGCCAGUGGUGGAGCAGCUGGGGCAACCUCUCUCUGCUUUGUCUAUCCUCUUGACUUCGCCCGAACCAGGUUAGCUGCUGACAUUGGAAAAGCUUCAACAGACCGGGAGUUCAAAGGCUUGGGUAACUGCUUGGUAAAGAUCUUUAAACAUGAUGGUUUAAUUGGACUGUACAGAGGAUUCAAUGUUUCUGUCCAGGGCAUCAUUAUUUAUCGUGCAGCAUAUUUUGGCUUCUUCGACACAGCAAAGGGCAUGUUGCCAGAUCCCAAGAACACACCUAUCGUUAUCUCUUGGAUGAUUGCACAGACAGUGACCACAGUUGCAGGUAUUAUGUCGUAUCCUUUCGAUACUGUCAGACGACGUAUGAUGAUGCAAAGUGGACGAGCCAAAGAUCAGAGAAUGUAUAAGAACACCAUCGACUGUUGGAUUAAGAUUGGUAAAACAGAAGGUGGAGCAGCCUUCUUCAAGGGUGCAUUCUCUAAUGUCCUGAGAGGCACAGGUGGUGCUUUGGUGUUGGUUCUUUAUGAUGAAGUGAAAAAUUUUAUCUUCUGACAUAAUUAAAUUAGUAGUCGACCAAUUAUCAUUCUAGAACAUUCUGUUCUAUUUGUUUUCUGUGAACAGAUAGUAGGGACCUCGAAAGGACCAUUUUCAAUCGUCAGAAAUUGAUAAAAAAAAAAAGACGUAGAUGGCAUUUUGACUGGUGUGUGUGCGGUAUAUCAUCUUUGGGAAAUUAUCCUAGGUUGGUCCACUUUUAGUAAAGUUUAAUAUAAAUCAAACAAGUUAGAUCGUUCUUAAGAUUUCUGCCACCAUCAUCGUCCAAGAACAUUUUGUUAAUCAGGAGAUAAUCUUGUUUAAAGUUACACUUUCAACUCAAUAAAUUCUCUGGGCUACAA